CCGGGCUGGCAAUCUUGAAAGGGAGGAUGCGCUCGCGCUUUGAGCAUCUCUAAGAACGAGCGAGUCGCGUUUACUCAGAUCUGAAUAAAAGACAACGUGCUCAAAUCAGCGGAAAUCCCAGCUUUGCACGGAACAUGGCAUCAAAAUGUCCCAAAUGUGACAAAACUGUUUAUUUCGCGGAAAAAGUAACAUCCCUGGGAAAAGACUGGCACAAAUUCUGUCUGAAGUGUGAACGCUGUAACAAGACCCUGAAUCCAGGAGGACAUGCAGAGCAUGAUGGGAAGCCAUACUGCCACAAGCCAUGCUAUGCUGCCCUCUAUGGACCAAAAGGUGUGAAUAUCGGCGGGGCCGGAUCAUAUGUCUAUGACACACCUGUCAAUGAUGACACUGCACCUGUUGCAAUGGAAACCAAGCCCAAGGCUGAAGAGAAAAAGGCUACUAGGGGCCCAGUGAAGGCUGCAAGCUUCAGUUCGUUUUCUGGUCAGCCGAACAUCUGCCCAAGGUGCAACAAAACAGUGUACUUCGCUGAAAAGGUCAGUUCUCUGGGUAAAGACUGGCACAGACCCUGUCUGCGCUGUGAGAGGUGCAGCAAGACUCUGGCUCCAGGCAGCCAUGCAGAGCACGAUGGCCAGCCGUACUGCCAUAAACCCUGUUACGCUGUUCUCUUUGGGCCUAAAGGAGUGAACACUGGAGGUGUUGGCAGUUACAUAUACGAGGACCCAAACACUGAGAGCCAGUCCUAAGAACCACAACCAAACCAGCAGUAUUAUUAGCAACCUUAGAUUCAAGCCUCUUGUCUGCUUCCUUUAACUCCACUUCCUCUCUUUCUUGAGUCUGCACUGAUCUUGUUCAUCUACAGAGUGCCACUUACAUACUAAUUGUACUAAAAUGAGCUAGAAUUACUACUUACUAACAGGAAUAUGUGUUUAGCCUUUUUGCUGUAUUUAUAUAUGGUUUAUAUAUUUUUAAGAAUGUAGUUAAGAUAUUGAUUUUUUGACUGUGACAUUGAAUUACAGGUAACACAAGACAAUUCUGUUCAGAAUGAAACAUUUGUGCCAUUAGUCUAACAUAUGUUUAGUUGUGUAGCACUUUAGCACACUUAUUUAUUAGAGAUUACUGACAGCAUAUGAAGAGCUGCAAAAGCCUCUAAAUGCUGUCUGAAAUUUUCUUCUUAAAUGAGCAUUUUUAUCAGGCUCCUAUAUUUAUGUUCACUUAUUUCACUUUAAUUGCAUAGAAAAGGACCUAUACAUUGCCAUUAGAGUAAAAUUACUGAACCUAAAUAUAGCAGCCUGAUAAAAAUGCUAAUUUUAGAUGAAAUUUCAGAUGGCACUUAGAGGCUUUUGCAUCUGAACUCUUCAUAUGUUUUCUGAACUUUGCACAUAAGGUAUGUUUAUGUAUUGAAAAAAAAAAAAAAACCUUUGUAUUUGAAAUAAUAAAAAAAAAUACUGUUA